CCGCUGCCGCGUUGCCGCGAAAAUGCUGCUGCUGGCGGCGCUGCUGGCGGCGGCGGGCGGCGGCCGCCGGGAGGUGUCCAUGCAGUACAACCCCGGCUGGCCCAACGCCUCCGUCAACCUGCUGCACGUCCGCGCCGUGGGGCAGGACGACACGCUGCACUACGUGUGGAGCAGCAUCGGGGCCCCCGCGGCGCUGCUCGUGGCCACGGGGAGCCCGAGCAGCGUCCUGCGCGUCGACUGGACCCGGCUGCUCUCGCCCACGCCCGCCGGGGCCGUCUGGAUCGAGCCCCCCGGCAGCGUCGUGUACGCCACCGCUGUCGUCUUCACCAAGGUUUUCGAGUACAGCAAGGCCAACACGCCGGAGGAGCUCUUCUACCCCACGUAUGACCUAUCUAGCUUCUCCUGGGACAGCGUCAACAGGACCUUGAACCACACGGCGCUGACGGCCGAGUUCCUGGGCGUCCCCGCCUCCGACCCCAGCGGCAGCUUCUCCAACGGCAGCCUGGCUCUCCGGGUGACAGCCUACGAGGCCGAUGGCCGCGACGGGCCCCUGCCCAGCCUCCUGCACACGGCAAACAGCUCCAAGGUGGAGUUUGUCCUGGCCGGGGUGACCCCGCGGGGCAACGGUUCCCGCUUUGCGCUGGAGGUGGCAACGGUGGAGGAGCUGGGGGCGGUGCGGAGGCUGCGCUCGGCGCGCUCCAUCGACGACGAGUACACACCCACCAUCUUCGAGACGCUCUCCCUGGCAGCCGAGGCCCGAAACGGCAGCGCCGCGCUCAGCUUCCUGCAGUGGAAGGCGACCGCCUACGGCUCCCGGAGCCCCAAGCGCGAGGACGGCAUCCGGUGCCAACCCCGCGGCCUGCAAGCGGCCAACUGGACUCUGCCGGCGUCCAGCCUCAUCCGCGCCUACUUCGGCGAGGGCCUGGGCAGCGCCUACGCUGUCAGCGCCAUCAACAUCUCCUUCGGGGGCGAGGAUGGAGAGGUUUACCAGGAGAAGCAUUACCUGAGCUGGUCGGCGCUGCUGGGCUUUGGGCAGCCCCCCGAGGACACUUUCUCCCCCCUCGUCAUCUCCAUCAUGGCUGUGGCGCUGGGCACCCCCAUGGUGCUGCUCCUGAUGGGCAGCGUCGUGGUCCUCUUCGCCCAGCGGAAACGCUACUCCGAGUACGAGCCCAUCAACUGAGCGGACCGGUCCCCGGAGAGACCACCGGGACCCUCCUCGUCCCUGGGCAGGGGGAUGCAGCGGCCCGCGGGGGCUCCAACGCCUGCGAGCUCAUCUCUGCCCCCAUCCACCUCCUCCGACUAGGCUCGGAGGAGACCGGAGCAACGCUCGCUGCGGUGGCCUGCGCCGCUUCCCUCUGUCCUGCUGCCUCUCCUGCUGCCCGGAGCCUGGACCAGGUCCUGCUCUUUCCUUUGUUUUCUUUAUCUGCCUGCUGGGAAGUGACUGGAGGAGUCGGUGGCUGCUCUGAGCAGGGGGAAGGACUUUCCCUGCCCUAAGGGAUAAAACCACUGAUGGCUGGUCCUUAACCAGCUGGCCCUGGCUGUGCCCCAUCCUGUGCGGCUGGGCCGCUCUCGGGGUGCUCUGGGGUCGCUUGGGGGGCUCUGACCCAGGAGCGGGGCUGGCGCCGCCCCCCCCCCCCCCCCCCCCCCGGCACCGUGCAAGCUGCCUCUCGCGCCUCUGGGCUCCUCCGAGAGAGCUGGUGGGCUGCUCGCUCCCUGCCCGCGGUGCCUGGCACCGCGCCGGCCUCCGCAGGGGCUGCCGAGCGAGGCAGGGAGAUCCCCGUCACCCCCGCUUGCACUCGGCUCCCUCCUGUCGGGGCCAGGGAGGGCUCAUCCCGCCUCGGGCUCGGUUACCCGUGGGGCCGGCCCGGGGUGCGAGCUGGGGCUGGGAGCUGUGGGGCACGCGGGGUGCACUGUGGGGUUUUCCUGUUCUCGACCACUGAUUGUCUUGGACCAAAUAAAAGGGAUUUCUACCCGCG